AGGCGGGGAAGUGGCGGGCGCAGCGAUGGCGGCUCCUCUCAGGCCAUUCCGCCUCCGCCGCCCCGGCAGCGCGCAGAAAUUCGGGGCGGCGGCGGGGAGCCUGCGUGGGCUGCUGCGAAAGGGCUGCCGGCUGCUGCAGCUCCCGUUGGCAGGCAGCCGGCUGUGCCUCUACGAGGACGGGACGGAGCUGAGCGAGGCGUUCUUCCGCACGCUGCCGCCGCAGACGGAGCUGGUGCUGCUGCGGCCCGGGGAGAGCUGGCCGGGCUGUUGCGGGGAUCUGGAGCGGUUCCUGGCCGCCCUGUGCUGCCGGACGGACGCGGUGCUGGAGGCCGCUCGGAGGCUGCUGGAGGACGAGCGGGCGCCCCGCAGGCAGAGGCUGCUGGCGGAUCUGAUCCACAACCUGAGCGGGGACGGCGCGGCUGAGCGCCGGGACGAGGACGGGAAGUGGUUCGAGGGUCUAGAAUCUCGUUUUAAGAACAAAUCAAGCUACAUGCGGUACAGCUGUGAAAGCAGAAUACGAAGCUACAUGAAAGAGGUUAGUAAUUUUAUUUCAAACGUUCAUCCUACAGCAAGAGAUGCAUAUAAAAGGAUACUCGACCUGAUGUCGGAUAAACUGAAAUCUGUGAAAUAUAAUGGCAGCUACUUCGACAGGACAGAGGAGGAGGCAGCGAUGCGCCUGUGCACAAAGGAGGGAUGGUUCUCUUGCCAGGGCCCUUUUGACAGAGAUGACUGCCCAUGUAAGCAUUCUAUCAACCCCUAUACUAACAGGGAAAGCAGAAUCCUCUUCAGCACCUGGAAUCUCGAUCACAUAAUAGAAAAGAAACGUAGUGUUGUCCCAGAACUGGCAGAAGCUGUCAAAACACGAGAUGGAAGAGAAGUGAACUGGGAGUACUUUUAUCAGCUAUUGUUUACAGUGCAUAAUCUAAAACUCGUACAUAUUGCUUGCCAUAAGAAAACCAAUCACAAUCUCAGCUGUGACAAAACUAAAAUUUACAGAAAAAGGAAGCAAACCCAUGAGAUUGCAUAGCGCUCCCUUUGGAAGCAACUUCUGCUUUUGUUUUUUUCCAUUUCAAAAUCGUGUAAGAUGGCAGCAUGUUUAAGUCGCUCUUGUUUCUUAAACAAAACCUUACUUAGCAAGUCUCUUCUGCCAAGGACUUCUUCCUUUAUCACCUCCAGUGCAUUAAUUGAACUGCAGUCUCGCAGAGCACGCGUUCAGACCGUGCCUGAUUCUCCCACCUUAGGUGACACAGUGCUGAGUGUGAUAAGCUGACUCACAGCCGCAGUGUGCAGAAUAGAGGCCAGAAGCUGACACUGAUGAUACCUUAUGAUUUCCUGCUUGCUGUAGUAAAUGUAGGUGCAAAAUGCAUGGUACAGAAACAACUUUCUUGCAAAUGAUUCAAAGCAGAUUGAUACUGCUCUGAAUGUUAAGCCAAACAAAGAAUACUUCAGGGUAAUUAUUCUGUGCCUUCACCAGGAAGACAGGCGCUGUACUGCAGACAGGCCAAAUGAUUCAGUGGCAGAGCUGCUGGCUUUUCUCUAUGAAAAUACCUGCACUCGUCUGUGACCAUUCAAUCCACUGUUGCAUAGAUGCAGGUCUUAUAGGAGUAAGCAAGGCUGUGGUGCAUCUCUGCUUUUAUCACCCUUGUGCUCUGGCAUCUUUCCCACUGAUUUCCUUCGGUCUUUGCCUCUCUAGAUUGAGCUUUCUUGAAGCAACACAUACAAUCUUAUUAUACAGUAAUCAUGUUUGUCUGCAGAAACUGCUUCUGUGAAACACUCUCUACCUCUCAGGUAACAAAAUACAAGUAGAUCAUUUUUUACAUUUUUUUUUUUUCCUAAAUAUCAGCUGAUAGCAGCUGAACUCUCAGGGAUGAGUAUUUUUUAAAUCAAAAAAUAAAAGUAAAAUCACUGCCAUCUUUCUGUGUAUCUGGAGGUAGAGGUGCAUGAGUAGUCAACAGUAAGGUACAAUACAGCAUGGCUGCUGCAGACUAGAAGGACUUAGCACAGGAAAAGGUGCUUAUCAAUUAAGUAGUGGAUGUUUACCAGACAUAACAUCAUUCACCUCAAAGGAAAGUUCUGGGUGUUUACUUUGGUUGUUGGUUUUGGUUUUUUAUUUCCAUUUUCUUCCUCUCACCUCUUUCUUAUCAGAUAAAUUCAUCUAUUUCAGACAGGGUUGUUAUUAAGAUAGUAUUGCUGUGUGAGUCCUGACUUGUUGGGACUUGGAAAUGCAGGAGUUUUGCUACAGCCAGUGCUAAUUAAAGCAACAAUUCAAUUCCUUUCCCAAACAUUUCUACAUGAAAAAUAAGCAGGUGCAUUUUCAGUGAGGAGUUCCAGCACCAUUGGAUUGAGCCUUUCUGAUCAUCUCACUGAAUAUACAUCAACUGUAACAGAGGUGAAAAUGCACGUUCUGGUGUUUUGGUGUUGGGGAAGGGACUGCAAUAAAGACUCUGACAAGAAGCA